CUUAUCGAUAACCCGCAUUUAAGCUUCGACUAGGCUGCUAGGUAAAAAAGGUAUCCACUAAUUUAUAGGCUCUCAUUUCUGCUGCUGACGUAGUACCGUAGGUACGAAGUACCUACUAUUUACCUACCUGUAAGGUAACUACGAAAAUACCAAAGCUCAAAGCUCGAGUCAUCAACCAAUAAUUUCCAGCUCUUUUCUUUUCUCUCUCUCUCUUUUUUAAUACUCCCCGCGGUUCUGAGGGCGAAAUCACAAAGCACACCUCACCCCCCCUUCGAUGCCCCUCAACGCCGGUCUGCGCAUCGCGCGCGUUCACUCCCCAUUCCUCAAAACCAAUGGGUCCUACACCAUUGCGUCCCUCGUCGCCGCGAGCCCCGCCUCGAAGCAGUGGCAGACCAUAUCCAGAGUUAGUCCGCCGCGCCGAGCCUCAUCUACGGCGUCGCAAGCCAAGGAAGCGCCCAAGUCGAUUUCCGAAGUCGUCUCCUCGGAGCACUUGACGUCGCCCUUACCAGCGUCGACGAUCCUCAACCCCCCAGCCUCGACACGCCCCCCGCCUCUCGACCUUCCGACCCGCGACCCCUCGUCCUCGGUCUUCAGGUACUUCUACAACCUGGGCAAGGCGUACACGACGUUCUACAAGACCGGCGUCCGCGCCAUCUUCACCAACCGUAAGCUCCUCGCGCAAUCCCCCACGGCCUCCGUCCCGCGGCCCCCGAUCUCUAGCGCGACGACGACGUUGACCCGCUCGGACGUCCUCCUCCGCCGCCGCGUGCGCCACGACCUCGCGUGCCUGCCCACCUUCGGCGUCCUGCUGCUCGUCUGCGGCGAGCUCACGCCGCUCGUCGUGCUGCUGUUCCCGCGCCUGACCCCGCUGACCUGCCGCAUCCCCAAGCAGGCCGACGCGCUGCGCCGCGGCUCCGAGGCCCGCCGCGCCGCCAGCUUCCGGGGCCUGCGGUACCGGCCCGCCCCCGUGCGCGGCGACGAUCCGGCCGCCAGCGGGCACAUCUGUCGCGCCCUGGGCCUGACGUACUCGCUGUGGGACAAGGUCGGCAUCGACAGCCCGUUCUCGGCGGCGCUGGCGCGGCGCGCGGUGGACCAGAUCGCGGCCGACGAUGCCAUGAUCCGCGCGGGCGGGGGCGUCGAGGGUAUUGUGGAUGAGGAGGUCGUGCUCGCGUGCGAAGAGCGGGGUAUCGAUGUCCUGGGGAAGCCGGUCGACGAGCUGAGGAGCCAGCUGGCCGAUUGGCUGCGUAAGACUGCUCCCGAAGGGGCAGCCUCGGAGAAGUCUGGUGAUACUAGUUCGGGGGAGUCGGCGCGAAAGGAAGCUGCGGAGAAAAUAAGAGAUGCGCUGGUUAGUUUAGACGGGAGGGCCUAAACAAUAUUGCAUCUGUAGUGUUCAGUCCAUGGACAUGUCCAACUUUGACCGACCCAUCUACUGUAUUACGCUUCAAGUAUGCAUCAAGCUAUGUGUAUUCACUUAUAUCACGAAACGGAACUUGUCAAAAAGGUAAAAGGUCAGAAAAGCCUAGGCUCACUAAAAAGCAUUGUAUAAUAUACGGCGGUCAGCCCAAUUCGGCCAAAAGUCGCCACUAUAGCCUUAAUUUCAUAUCAUUAGCGGUAGCCAUCGUGCUUUCUAUAUGGACAGAGCGUUAAUCCUUGAGUCCCAAAGUCUCAUGCAAGCGCCUGCUAUAGACAGAAUGGUAAGACGCG